AGAUCACAUUAUGAAGAGAUUUGCAAACACAGCUGCCCGUUUAUCCCACAUCAUGCCAGUUGGUCAGCUCCCUAAGAACCACGCGCAAAAGCGCUUCACUGCCACCACCAGUGCCCCUAAGGGCGACUUGUUCAAGUUCCAGGCCGAUUUACCGCCAUUGCCGGUACCAGAGCUCAAAGACACUGCUGCCAAGUACUUGGACUCCGUCAAGCCACUUGCGUCAGCCCAGCAAUACGCCGCGACCGAGGCGAAGGUCCAGGAGUUCAUCAGACCGGGUGGGGUGGGCGAAAAGUUGCACGCCAAGUUGCUCGAAAGAGCGGCGCUCAACCGCAACUGGUUGAGCGACUGGUGGGAUGAGUAUGCCUAUAUGGCUUAUAGAGACGCCGUGGUGCCAUAUGUGUCGUACUUCUUUGCCCAUAAGGACUUGAGAGGGCCAAUUGGACAGAACCAGUUGCAAAAGGCGUCGCUUCUUGCAUUCCACGUGACCGAGUUCCUUGACAAGGUUGCGAACGAGCUGCACGAGCCAGAGGUGCUCAAGGGCACUCCAUAUUGCAUGGAAUCCUUCAAGAACUUGUUCAACAACUCGCGUGUACCAACGUUGCCAGCUGACACCACCGUCUACUUCCCAUAUGCGGAAAACCAGUACUUCUUGGUCAUUGUCAAGAACAGAUUCUACAAGAUCUAUCACCAUAACACCCAAGGCCAACAGUUGGCGCCGUUGGAAAUCCACCAACAGCUCGUGCAGGCCGUGGCCGACGCCCAUGCCAAGGGCGUCCAGGAGGCCGCCAUCGGUGCAUUGACCUCCGUGAACAGAGACUUCUGGACCAAUGCAUACGCGGACUUGGCUCAGAACGCGAGCAACCAGGUCUCAUUGGAUGCGAUCCACGCCGCCUCUUUCGUGGUCUGUUUGGAUGAUUCCUCGCCAGUCACCACGCACGACCGCGCUCACAUGUGCUGGCACGGGAACGGUACCAACCGCUUCUACGACAAGCCGUUGCAGUUUAUCGUGGCUGCCAACGGUGCCUCGGGUUUCUUGGGAGAGCACUCCAGAAUGGACGCCACCCCAACCAACAAGUUGAACGUGACCGUGUGCAAACAGUUGGCCAAGGACGCCAGUGCCGGCACUGACUACUUUGCCGGCGCCCCCUCUGCGCCCUCUAUCCCUGAGGAUGCUGCUAAGGAGAUCAGAUUCGACGUCUCCCCAAGUAUUCGCAACGCCAUCGCCGACGCCAAGCAGGAGUUCCGUGCCUCCAUCGACUCCCAUGACAUGUUCACCUGGCAGUUCCCAGGCUACGGCAAGAACUUCAUGAAGACGUGCAAGGUCAGCCCGGACGCCUACGCGCAGAUGUUGAUCCAGGUUGCAUACUACAAGUUGACUGGCACGUUCAAGCCGACCUACGAGCCGGCCGCCACCCGCAAGUUCUUUAACGGCCGUACCGAAAACUGCCGCUCCUUGUCCCCUGAGGCUGUCGAAUUUGUCAAGACCUUUGUCAACGCUAAGGUCUCCAAUGCUGACAAGCAGCUUGCAUUCCAGAAGGCCGCCAAGAAGCACAGUGUGAACGUAGGUGCCGCCGCCAACGGGCUCGGGAUCGACCGCCACUUGUUUGGCUUGCAGCGCUUGGCCAACCCUGAUGAGGUUCCGGAACUCUUCAAGGAUCCAAUGUACGCCUACUCGUCCUCAUGGUUGCUCUCCACCUCCCAGAUUCCGGUUGACGAGUGCUACACGAGUUGGGGUUUCUCCCAAGUUAACGACUUGGGUUUCGGCUUGGCCUAUAUGAUCAACAACGACUGGUUGAACAUUAACAUCUCGUGCAAGAAGGGCAACGGCUUGGUUAGUGAGCAGUUGGGCUACUACUUGACCGAGACCGCCUUGGAGAUGAGAGAAGUCUUGGGCGACGACGCUGCCGUCUUGAAAGCCAAGUUGUAGAAGGAAUUUAAAUGUUUGUUUUACCGUAUAUAAAUGUAGUUCCUAUGAAUUUGCUUUAGAAAACCUUGCCUUGGUCUCCGAUCCUCUACCGCGAAAGGAUUCAGAUUGAGACCGGACUACAAUAAAGCUUUGGAUCUUUUCUCUUGAUCUCUUAUUGCAAUCCACGGUAUGUCUAAG